CCGGUUAACACGCGGAUUCUCGGUCUGCACUCCGGGCUGUUCGCUCUCGUCGCGGUCGCGGGCAAACUGGUCUUGUUUCGGCACCGCGAGUGCUGGUGAGACCUCCGUUAUACGCGGGUAAUUCCGAGCACGUCGUCGGUGCGUUGAGAUUAAUCUCUAUCAGAGUCCCAACUUUAUUUUAUUCGAGUCUGCGGGGGCUCGAUGUUUUGGUCCUUACUCUUCGGCGUGCCGAGGUGAAGAUUUCGAAAUUCGAAUACCUUCUUGCGUGACAGGUAUUUUUUUUUUUUUUAAUUAUUUUUCAUUCUUUCCUUUCUUCUCGUCAUAAAUUUGCAGAGUUCGAAACAUCGACGGUGAACGUGAAACUGUACUGAUUUACCUUGAGGCGAACAACAGACUUACGUAAAGCAAGUAUUUCCGCAAAAAUUGUUCAGAAGAAAUUCAGCCUUGUGCCUCGUUGUGAUAUUUUUCCUACAAACUUUGAACCACCUGCUAAGUCAUGUGUCGAAUCAAUUAUUUUAUCGUUUCUCUUCAGGAUAACCGAAGUUUCUUAUAAAACGGUAGCUCGCUUUUCGUAAUAAUCAAAACGGAUAUACGCGGGGGGGCCACUUUUUCAUCCUCGAAACACGCACUCGAACUGAUCGAAACGGAUAACAUUUAGUGGACAUUUAUCGCGGACCGGAGAAAGUUGCAAAAAUUUACCUACGUCGAGUUAACGCCACUCUAAUCGAGCGUAAAUCUGAUCGCUGAGGUGUCGAACAAGGGUUAAAAGACAGCGCCGAGCGGUUUCUGCGAUGAAAUGUUGAUCCCAGUUUUAUAACCAUAAAUCUCGCAGCUCUUCCGAAGUUUGACAGAAGCCGAGUGGUUUGAAAGUUUGAAGACAGCGUAGGAUCAGAGUCCGACAAUGCCGAGCCGCGAUGAUGCUCGGAUUGGUGAAACUACUUUCCUCGACGAUCCAGUCUGAUCGCGAUGCUUCCGGGUCCGUUAGGAAAAUAACAAUCUAAUCGAAACGCGCCAUGGGGUCACUGCCGAAUCUUCACGAGCUGUCAAGGGAGAAGCUGGAGAGCCCCGUACAUCGGCCAGCCCCCAUCGGAGGCCUCGGCCCCAUAAGGCUUCCCCCGCAACCGCCACCCUUAAUGCAUACCCACCGACGGGCGAGGAGCAGCGGUCAUCAUCACAACGCGUUGUGGGACAACGACGCGAUGCUAGAGCACAUGGCGACGUACUCCCCGAUCUCUUGCCGCUCGGCAAGGACUUCCGGCCUGGCUUGGCGUCGUCGAGAGUCGAUGAGCUCUUCCGCCGGAGCGUCUUCGGUCCGGAGGCUGAUAGCCGCCGUCCGCUCGGCCCCCGCUGGUCCACGACCCCCGAGGAAGGCGGUCCUCAGACACUGCGCCGCACUUCUCCUCGGUCACGCAGCCGCGUCAGCGGCGAUGCUGCCGAUGUUCCCCCUGCAGGCCGGCCUGGGAGCGUUCAACUCUCACCUUGGUCCGGUCCUGCUGGCGCUCCUCUUCGCGACGGCGACCUUGACGUCCUGUUUCGCCCCGAUAAUCGUCCAGCGGGUGAACACGAACCUGACGCUGUGCGUGGGGCACCUGGUGACGAGCAUCUUCGUCGGGGUGCACCUCUACCCCGAGUGGUACCUCCUGGUGCCGGGCUACGUGCUGCUCGGCGCCUGGGUGAGCCCCUGUUUCCUGGCGCGAACUUCUCAGGUGAACAUAUCAGCGGCGAGACUGAGUCUUGUCAGUUCGGACCCCGAGGACCCGGACGAGACGAGGCGCGAAUGUCUUCUUCGACGGCUCAGCCGAAGCCUGAGACUUGCCGAGGACAUGGGUCUCGCCGUAGGCUGCCUGCUCGCUGCUGUCCUCGUAAAGAUCACCGACCCAACGCCUCCCGCGGAGAGCGACGGCGAGAUAGAAGACUUCUGCGGGGCGGAAUACUGCCCCGAGGAGAAUUACUUCUACAACGAGAGCCUGAUGCUCGUUCCCACCGCGCCGCACGGCACUUCCACCAUAAUGCUCAGCGUCUGGCUCGGCCUCAGUGUACUCGCCUUGGCCAUCUCUUGCGGGCUGUUAGACUCGCGGAUGAAGGAACCACAGACCGUCAGCGAACGCUCGAGUACCGAACACUGGUUCCGGGCGAUCAAAUCCGCCUUCCAGGACCCCCGGCUCCAGUUGGCCACCCCUCUGGCGCUUUUUAUCGGCCUGGAACAAGGCUUCAUGUUCGCUGACUUUAUGGAAGCGUACGUCGUUUGCGCCCUGGGAGGAGCUGGGACGGUCACUCUCAGUUUUUUGAGUCUCGCCCUGCUGCAGGCGAUUGCUGGGGUCACACUCUCGAUGCUGCUCAGACACAUCAGAAGAUACUUUGUCGUUGUGGUCGGAUUAGCAUUUCAUGCUUGCCUGCUUCUCGUCCUCGUGGCUUGGAGACCUGCCGGUGACGAUCCGGCUCUUUUUCACGUUAUUUCCGCCGCCUGGGGCGUCUGCAAUGCGAUUUGGGAAACCUUGAUUUACACUCUACUGCAAGGACUUUACCCCAGCACGUGGCAAGCCCCUCUCUCGACUUCGCUGUUCUGGCGAUGGCUGGGUUUGGCUCUGGCGCUUGGGUUGCACGGACUUGUCUGCACGCGUAUCCGCAUUCUCGGCUUAGCAUCGAUGCUGGUGUUAUCGGUAACCCCGUAUACUUGGUUGGAAAUCCGACUAGCCAAGAGAGGCAAAAGCUUGGCACCAUUGUGACCGCGCAGAAUGGGAUCCGAAUUAUUCAGGGCUAAGCAUUCGCACAGUGGCUGAGACGGGCUCGGUUCAUCCGGCUGUAGAGCGAGAAGACGUUUGACAAACAUCAGAGACACGGCGAGAAACGUCAAUAACAUUUUCAUCUGCCAUACACGCUCACCUGAGAGUUCCAUUCAGCAGCCUGGAAAUUCGGCAAUUUCUCCCAAUGCGUAACUCGAAGCUGCACUGCUGGAAAUCCACUUCUUCAGAAGCGUCUGAAAUCGGAAAGGCGAUUACUUGUAUCUUUACUUGGAUAGGUGUAUGUGUGUGUAUGGAGAAACUUGAGAUGCCGGAUGGACCGAGACCGAAGAAAUUUGUAUCGUGUAAAAAGUCUUUAGAAAAUCGAAGUCACAUAACCACCUACGUGGACCGUAUAAAAAGUAAUGAUAUUGAUGAACUUCUUUCACGUAGAACUCAUUUGUACAAUUUUUGUAGUACAUCACGCCAUAUAUGUUACAUGGUAUUGUUAAUCUUAAGUUCCAAUCGUAUUUGCAUAUGCAGUAAAGAUGUAUGUAAAAUGUUGUUAAUGAGAACUCGGUUAAUGGCUGAAAAAUUGACAUUUGAUUCACCCAGCCUUGACUCUCUGUUUUUUUGCAGCCUUGCACAGUGGCUGAAAAGAGGAAUUAAUAAAAAUGAUGAUAAUUAAUGUAAAUUCUAUUUGAGUACAGUUUGCAAUUGUAUCAAACUCUCUGAUUAAUUUUCCAAAUUCUUGUUCAAAUGGUUUGUAUUCACACAUGUAAGCAGAUAUAUUUCUUGUAAGAAAAGUCGUCCAAAGACGCGAAGCAUUUUCGAAGAAUACAUUUGCAAAGAUAUAAUUCAGAUGUACUUACACACAGAGCCGUUGUAGCCAAAGUAGCUACGCCCUCAUGAAUGUAUACUUAUUAGGUCGGUCGGUAAAUUCCAACAUAUAUUUCUCACCCCCGGAAUCGAUAGAUAAUGACAAGAAAACAGUUUGUGAAUUAUUUAAGUUUUUAGCUUGAUUAGAAAGGGUGCCGAAAUCGAUUUGAAAAUGAAAAAAGUAAUCAUUAUCCGAGUUUAAAAAAAAGUGAGCUAUUGUUCAAUUCGUUUUAUUUGAUUAAAGAUAACCGGAAAAUAUCGAGAAUAACAAAGAAACGAAAUAAUUUGAGCAAAAACAGCUAUUUGAUGGUGUUCUUAUCACAUUACAAAGCUAUACAGACUGUAUUUGUUUCACAUAAAAUGCGCGUCUAUGGUCCAUAAGCGUUAAAAUAUAUGCGUCAUUGAUACAUUAAAAAUAGUUGCGGCAAGAAAAAAAAUAAAAAUCCAGCACGACGGGCUCUAAAACGCUUUUCACUUGUUAAAUUGAUUUCGACACACUUUCCAAGGGUGAGAAGUACAUAUAUUGGAAAUUAGGGACCACGCUAAUACUUGUACACGAUCGAAACUCUAGUCAAUAAGGUGAAGAUGGAAUUGAAUAUAGUAUUUUAUUAACAGAACCGAACGUCACGAAUUGUAAAUCAAAUAUUUAAUAGGUAUACACAUCAUGUAAUUAUAUGCUUCUUCUCAAUAACGAUGAAAGUUUACCGUAGCACGAAAUCAUGUGGAAUAGACUUCGUAUUAGAAUAGACAAAAUACGACAGUGCCUCAAUGAAAGAUAAUUAAAAAAAAAGAGAUCAACAAUUAUUUUUAUCUUUUUUCCAAUCUAUAAUAUCAUUCGAACAUGGACUUGAGAUUGCAGAGGAACUAAUGCAUCAAUACAGCUGAUCCAUAAAUUAUAUCCUGUAAAUAACCGCUUUAGUUGUAGGAUAUUGGAUGUAUAAAGCUGAACCUUGGCGAUUGGCAAAACCGCUGAAAUAUGGACACGUGAUUACGUAAAAUGCAUGGUCAAAUAUCCGUUUCCGUAUUGCCCCUAAUCCUUUAAUUCAUACAUCUUCAAGGCUUCGGAAUAUUUAAAUACAUACUACAUGUAAACGGUGUUUGGAAUAUUCAGAAGAUUUAAGGUCAGAAUGAUUUAUAAUAUUAACAUUUUCGGAUUUUAUCUCAUUUUUUAUGUGUAUCAUCAACAAUCUUACUCGUAAUUUUCUUCGAUAAAUUCGUACAUUUCUCUGAAGAUGUCUGAUAAAAAAUUGAAUUUAAGGACAGACUAUUUUUAAUUGACUCUUAUUUUCUGCAGGUACAUAGCAGAGUGUAAAUAAUCGCUAAUUGAAAAUGAGAAAAUAAAGCACAUAAAACUUCUUAUAAAAUUUAGCAGAGUGUCAUUAAAACGUUCUUGAGCUCGGGUACUGCGGUGAUUGUAGUUAAAUCGUUAUCGGAUUAUCCAGACGCUGUUUCGCUGCUAUAAUCGAAAUACUAACAGAACUGUGAUAUUAUUAUUAAAACAAAAAGUCAGAACCCAAGAUAAAUAAAAAAUUAAACCAUCGCUUGAUUUAUAGACUCAGUAGCAAUCGUUAACUCUUGAUAAGAGUAUCGCUCGGUGUUAGAAAACAUUUUGAUAUACAUGACUCUAUAUUUAAUCCGAUCAAUAAUUGCAACGCCUUUAUUUGCAUUCUGUCAUUUACCAAUUUUCGGAACGCUGUGUUAUUAUAGCCUUCGAUCUUUCUGCGACAUUUCCCAGUAAACCAAAAUGAAAUGAGACGAUUUAAAAAUUCUGGAUUCCAGGGAAUCCCGUUCCUCUAUUCGGAUAUGGGAAUUACUACAGGAAGCCAGAAUUUAAUAAAAACAGAAGUUAAUCAAUCAUUAUUCAUAAUAAUUCCAAUAAUCCAGUAUCCAAGUUAGUCCAGUGAAAUUUACCUGAACUUAUCGUGAAUGAAAAAUGGCAAGUGUAACAUUCGAUAAACAAUAUCCAUAGAAUCGAAAUGAAAAAAAAAAAAGAGAAUAGAACUCAGUCAUUCGUAGUUCGAGUAUCCAGCAGAACGGGAUCGGAAUAUUUCGUGAUGAAUCAUUUUUAAUUCGUUUUGGUUUACUGGUUUCACUUCCCCGUUUUCAAUUAGUUUUGGUUUACUGGGUUCGCUUCCCCGUUUCCAAUUCAAUUACUUGCAAUCUACGUGCACGAUCAACAUUACAUAAUAGAACCAAACAACUCUGACAAACCCUCAAACUAGUACAUCGAAUUGCUUGUUAGCGUAUAAACAAAGAACGGAGAAAAAUUUUUGGGACAAUCUCUUAGAUACGUAUACACACGUAAUAUAUAACAUAGACUGUAGUAUACCUUAUAUAUACAUAUGUACACCUACAUUUCGCAAGUUGAAACAAGUUUAUUACCAACACUUCAAAUACCUUGUGUUUAUGUAGCUCUAGAAAUUAUUACGUAAUUAUAAUAACUAGUGCAAAUCACAAACCGGUACCUCAGACAUCUGUUGUCAUUUGCGUGGGUACAAAGCCUUGGCAUUGAUGGCUUUUUGCGCCGAACGUCAUAGUCGCUCGCACAUUCUGUUUCUCGGACUUUUUCAGAUUGCGGAUUGCAACAUGAUUGUAAAAAACAUCAUUAAUAUAUAUAUAUAUAUAUGCAUGUACCGGUAAUUAUUCUUGUAUUAAUUGAAUGUUUCUGCGUAUAUAUAUUAUUAUACCAAUGGACCGUAAAUGUAUGUGUAAUAAUUGUCGCUAACUUGUGUCGGAUCGGAGAAAUAUUAUACCAGGUAUAAAAUAUUCGUGCAAUGAUUGUAGGCUGAUCAAACGCCCAAUACGUAAAUUUUUUUUCGAGUUACUUGGUAUGUACUUCGGAAUACACAAGGUGCGGGGAAUAAAAAUUGAAACUGAUUGGAUCCUGAUCGAGAGAACGCGACGUGGAAUAUCUCUGUUAAAUAACGUGUAUAAUAGAGGGCUUAGAUAUAUCGAAUAUAUUUUUUGCACGAUAAAAAAAAUUUUGAUCCGUAAUAAUCGAUACAUCGGUAAUUGUCAACCUGGCCUGCAAUUAAAACUGCCAUAGUUAAGAUUACGAUGAAAAAUGAAAUAUCUUCAACAAGACGAAACAAUAUUUCCAUAUUAUCACCGUGACUAUACGUUAUAAAUCACAUAUCAGUGAUAUUGUUGUAAAAUAUGUAUAAUGUAUCUAAGUGUACCACUGUAUCAAUAAUCAGCGAUAAAUUGUAUGAUGUUGAAAUUGAUAA